CGCUAACUUACGAUUUGGGCGUUAUGUCGAAAAUAUAUUGUGUAUUAGUCUAUUUACUUGUGUAGUGGCCUAUACGUGUUCUGAUUACUUAUAUUUAAAGGUUAUAAAUUUGCAAUGUCCCUAAAUGAAUCAAAUGCACCAUCGCACACAGAUACUUUAAAUAUAUUGGUAGCUACUGAUUGUCAUCUUGGAUAUGCUGAGAAAGAUGCCAUUAGAGGAAAUGAUUCUUUUCAAACAUUUGAAGAAAUAUUGUCUAUUGCAAAAGAGAAGAAAGUUGACUUUAUAUUAUUAGGUGGUGAUCUUUUUCAUGAAAAUAAACCAUCCAGAAAAUCCCUUCACUUAUGUCUACAAUUACUUAGGCAAUAUUGUUUAGGUGAUAAUCCUGUCCAGAUAGAAUUUUUGAGUGACCAAUCAGAGAAUUUUAAACAUAGCAGCUUCCCAGUAGUAAAUUACGAAGAUCCUAACAUCAAUAUAUCAAUACCAGUUUUUUCUAUUCACGGAAAUCACGACGAUCCCGCGGGGCAAGGUAGUCUUUGUAGUGCCGAUUUAUUGAGCGUAUCCGGAUUUAUCAAUUAUUUUGGAAAAUGUACAGAUCUUGAACAAAUACAAAUAUCACCAUUACUCAUGAGGAAAGGAGAAAAUCAAUUGGCUCUUUAUGGUUUGGGUUCAAUUCGUGACGAACGUCUACACAGAUUAUUUCGUGAAGGAAAGGUGACGAUGUUACGUCCAAGGGAGAAUCCCGAAAAUUGGUUUAAUUUGUUUGUUCUUCAUCAGAAUCGAGUGAAACACGGUGUUACUAAUUAUAUUCCUGAACAAUUUUUAGAUGACUUUUUAGACUUGGUUAUUUGGGGUCAUGAACACGAAUGUUUAAUCAAACCAGAGUGGAAUACCGAACAAAAUUUUUUUGUUAGUCAACCAGGAAGUUCCAUAGCUACCUCACUUACUCCUGGAGAAGCUGCAAAAAAACAUGUUGGUCUUCUUCAGAUACAUAAAAGGAGUUUUAAAAUGACUAAAAUACCAUUGCAAACAGUUCGUCAGUUUUAUAUUGAAUAUAUUUCAUUAAAUGAAACUGGACUUGAUCUUGAAGAUUCAGAUAUAACUAAUAAAGUUAUUACGUAUUGUAAAGAAAAAGUAGAUAGCUUUUUAGACAGAGCCAUAAUUGAACACACAGGAAAUAGCAAACAGCCAAAAAAACCAUUGAUAAGAUUAAGAAUUGAGUAUUCAGAUAAUUUUGAAACUUUUAAUGUUCAGCGUUUUGGUCAACAGUACGUAGAAAAAGUAGCCAAUCCUAAAGACAUCAUACAGUUUCAUCGUAAGAAAGGAAGUGUUUUGAAAAAGGUGGAUUUCAACAUGGAUGUCAUGCAAGAAAUAUUAAAGCCCGAGUUAUUAGAUAAAUCUCGGGUCGAAGAUUUAGUUAAAGAAUAUUUUCAGCAAGUAGGAGAAAAAGAUCAGUUAUCAUUACUGUCAGAAUAUGGUAUGAGUUUUGCUGUACAUGAGUUUGUUGAAAAAGAAGUCAAGGAAGCAAUUCAGGAUAUAGUUACUCAUCAAAUGAACAAAACACAGACAUUUUUAAAGUCUUUAGAUAUAAAUGAUAUAAAUGACAUAGAUAUCGAUAGCGAAAUCCAAAAAUAUAAAGCCGAAAGGUUAAACUCUCAAGACGAGUCAACAGAAAUCUCAAAAACCCUAGAAGAAUCGCGCAAGAAGUUCGGUUCAAUUAGCCACAUUGAUUUUUCUGACAACGAAAUGGAAGAAGACCAAAAUGCAUCCGUUUCUUCAAAGCGAGGAAGAGGAAGAGGAAGAGGAAGGUGGGAAAUUUUACGUGCCAGAGGGACCAAGCAGUCUUCCAGAAGUCCAGUAAGGGCGAGAGGAAGAGGAAGCAGAUCUGUAACAAAUUCCAACAGAAAUAAAUUCAAAGAACUAGCAACAGUUAAGAAAUUUCAAAAUAAUGAUUCGAGAGAUGAUCUAGUUCGACAAAUUAAUAGCAGAACGAGAAGAACUGCGUCUUCAAAAAGAAAAUAUAAUUAUAGUUCUGAUGAUUCUGAUUAAUUUUGAUUUAGAAUAAACUUGCUUAAUUGUAUAAUUUUGAUAUAUAAUUUUAAAUUUUAAUUAAUAUUUAG